GACGACCAUCUUUCUGAUACAUUUCACCUAAAACACUUGAGGCAUCUUAGAUGGUUAAACCUGAAUCCCUCUUUUAUUAUGGUGAAAGAUUCUUUGCUGAAUGAAAUAUGCAUGUUAAAUCAUUUGAGGUACUUAAGCAUUGGGACAGAAGUUAAAUCUCUGCCUUCGUCUUUCUCAAACCUCUGGAAUCUAGAAAUCUUGUGUGUGGUUAAUGAAGAAUCAACCUUGAUACUAUUACCGAGAAUUUGGGAUCUUGUAAAGUUGCGAGGGCUGUAUGUGAGUAAUUGUUCUUUCUUUGAUAUGGAUGCAGAUGAAUCAAUACUGAUAGCAGAGGACACAAAGUUAGAGAACUUGACAGUAUUACAUAAACUCGUGCUUUCCUAUUGGAAAGAUACAGAGGAUAUUUUCAAAAGGCUUCCCAAUCUUCAAGUGCUUUCAUUUGAACUCAAGGAAUCAUGGGAUUAUUCAACAGAGCAAUUUUGGUUCCCGAAAGUGGAUUGCCUAACUGAACUAGAAGAACUCUCUGUAGGUUUUGAAAGUUCAAACACAAAUGAAAGUGGGUCCUCUGCAGCCAUAAAUCGGCCAUGGGAUUUCACUUCCCUUUUAGUUUGAAACGUUUGCAGCUGUAUGACUUUCCUCUGACAUCUGAUUCACUAUCAACAAUAGCGAGAAUCCCCAACCUUGAAAA